CCCCCUUAUCCUUGCUAGCUUCACACCGCUGUUACGCUAGGUAGCUUCACGGUACUCUGCUCCAGACCCAGAUGAGUGACCGUAACCAGAUGAAGAGGCCGAAUCCCUGCACGCUAAAGAUGGUAGCGUUGCUGACUCCCCUGGGGAGGAUUGAAGUUAGUGGCUGUGAAGCUGGAGUCCACAAUAUCAGCAUCCAGUCAGAUGGGACCCUUGAUGAGCGGCCUUCUGGCUGCAUGCUGGUGGACACCCUGGAGAAUGUGCCCUCAGAGCUGCAGGUUUGUGUAGACUGGCUGCUAUCCUACUUCCAGAAUCCACGGUCCCUACAAAAAGGGGACAUGCCAGCCCUGCACCAUGCCAUCCUGCUGGAAGACACCUUCACCAGCCGAGUGCUCCACACACUUCUGAGAUAUGUGAAGAUUGGGGAGACCGUUUCUUACAAGCGUCUCGCAGAAAUGGCUGGAAACAUCCGGGCGGCCAGGGCGGUCGGCGGAGCCAUGCGCCGAAACCCAGUUCCCCUGCUCAUCCCAUGUCAUCGUGUGAUCUCCAGUGACAGGCAGCCGGGAAAUUACAUGGGCGGAAAGGGCAACCACAUGAAAUGCUGGCUACUGGCUCAUGAGAGAGCUGGCGGCUGGGACAGUCCACCUCCCCAGGGUGGGACGGGGCCUUUUCUAAUUACUAGACCCCGCACCGGAGCAAUCGCCUCCACCGACAGAGACUGCGCCCAAGCAACCGCCCUCCUGCUCUGACACGCCCGGAGACGCGCGCCCUAGGAGGGGGGUUUCAAAGGGCAAACGGCCGCCUCUACCGGCGAUUCCAGCAUCCCCGCAGUCACCUCAGCGGCAACCGCCUCCGCUGCCGGCGCAGCCGCUUCCACUGCGGGCACAGCCGCCUCCUCUGCCGCCUGCUGCACCUGAGCAGGCACUUCCUCUGCCAGUGGCCCAGGCUCCCGAGCAGGCGCACCUAUGACCGCCUGCGCAGCCGCUUCCGCUGCCGGCGCAGCCGCCUCCGCUGCCGGCGCAACCUUCCACACCACCGCCUGCUGCUCCUGAGCAGGCGCUUGCCUUGCCCGAGGACCAGAUUCCUGAACAGACACAUCCCCGGUCUGCAGCGCCCACGCCUGAGGCGCUCCCUCUGCCGGCAGCCCCCUCGCCCACACCCGAGGCGCGUUCUGUGUAUUCCCUGCCUGUGGCUCCUGAGAUUCCUGAUCCUGACCCCACUCCUAUCCCUUUGGCCCCAGUUCCCGAGGAGGUCCCAAAGGACUCCAUCGAAGCUCCUCCCUCUUCGGAGGUGGAGGAGCUUGAAUGGCACCCCUCGGGGACCUUGCUGGCAACCCCGUCACCUUCACCCCGACAAGCCCGACCCCGGUCGUGGGUCCUUAUGUCUGUGUCCCAUAAGGGGAGAGGACACAGACGCUGGGCUAGGGUCCCUCCCGCCCUGCCCCCUGGCUCGCCCUCGCUCGCCUGCGCUGGGCCUCAGGGGGCGCCUGCGGGUCCUGGUCCUCCAGGUCGGCAAUCGCCUGCAAGUUCCCCUCCGCAACCUCUUCGCCCUGCCUCGCUCCCUCCGCCGGGCCCUCAGCGGUUGCCUGCGGGUUCCCCAACGACGGCUCCCCAGUCGCCUGCGGGUCCCCCUGCUCGGGCGUGUAUUUAUGGAAAGAAAGAAUUUAUGGAAAUCUUGGUAAACACAGAUCAAAGAAUAAGUAGCCUAUAGAAUUAGGAUAAUAAAAGCCUAUCGAUUCUUAAAAAUGCAUUUAUUUUCAUAAUACCAAAGUCACAAUGUAAUAAGGGGGUCUGUGUGUAAAUAUAGGUUUGAAUUAUAAAAGUCGUUCGAUUCACUCAAACGAACGUUACUAGACCUCUACUUAAAGUAGUAAUUUUAACACUUCAACGGUGUGAUAUCAAAUAUGAUGUGUGUUCUCAACAUAAAAAAUUUAUUAUUGAGGGAAAUUGUGUCAUGAUAUGCUUAUACAAAUCAUUUUAGACAUUGGCUAUAAUUAAAUAUUCGUUUUGCAUAAUUCCUACGUUUUAAGAACGGUCCGGACGAGUUUCGAUUUUGGUUUUGUUAUUGUGGGUUUCAAAAUAAAGUUUAGUUUAGAAUAGGACCAGCGUUGUAAACUCGGUAUGUCAUAUUUACCGUAAAGCCGUGAACACAAUUUUACGUUUGAUGUUAACUGUUUUAUCUGCAUUAUCACACUGUGAUUCCCGUAUAAAUUUACAAAAACAUGACUCUGUUUAAUAUUUUAAUUUUCAUCAGUGGGUUUGCUCCUAAUUAAACAAUAAUGCUAAUAACAAUUUUAUUGUAUUUCGUUCAACACCGCAUGUCAGUUUUGAAAAAAUUAUUUAAUCAGGAAAAAACAGCAACAGAGGGGUAUAUAUAGUGUGACGACGAAGUGAUAUUGUUCGAUUGGGAUUUUCGAUUUAUGUAUUUAUUCAUGUAGACCUCAGACACGUAGAUAUGUUGCGAAUCAGGUGAGUAGGUGAGCUGUGUUGGGUACAUACAGUGACUGCAAACACUACGUCCAGCACCUCAUCCAGUGCUUGGACGUCCAGCACCUCAUACUUGUAACUUAUUACAGAUUGAGGUUUGUUGUUGUAUAUAAUUGAGAAUGUGGAUUCCCAGUCAUUUCCAUGAGGUUAGGCUUUGCACAGAGUAUGUUCUCAUUUCUCAGUUGGGUGUGAACUAUAUUAAGAAAUGACAGCAGCGAUUAUACCAAUGAAAUCCUGACAUCCAUCUCUGUCGAUGUGUGACAGAAUUAAACUGUUCAACUGUGUGACAGUUUUCAGUUGGUCACAGAGCAUGGGAGAGCUUCAGCAUUUCAUUCCCUCUCCUGUUCCUGUGCUGUGGCCCCUGCUGAGGGUUCAUGUUAUUGUCAUGUUCGUGUCUGUUCCACUUUUAAUUGUGGAGGGCUAUUCUGCUAUGGUGUAUGUCGUAAUAAUUGAAUAAAAAUUAAACCAAAUUCAUAA